UUUAAGAGAAGCCGGACAGUUAAAUAAAGCCCCAAGCAUUGCCCCAGCUUAGGUAGUUACUCGGUAGGGGAUCACAAAGGUGGUAAAGAUGGCUCAGCAGUUCGUGAAUAGCAAGAUCAAAGCUGAUAGGGUGGUGGUCUUCAUCAAGCCCUCCUGCCCUUACUGCAGAAGAACUAUAGAGCUUUUCAAGCAACUGCCUAUUAAACAGGAGUUCUUGGAAUUUGUCGACAUAACAGCCCGCAGUGAUACAAAUGAGAUCCAAGAUUAUUUGCUACAGCUAACAGGGGCAAAAACCGUGCCUCGGGUGUUUAUUGGAAAAGACUGUAUUGGUGGACAUUCAGAUCUCGUAGCCCUGCAACGGAAUGGCCAGUUGCUACAAAAGCUUCAACAAAUUGGAGUGUUACAAUAACUUACAGGCACUUGGAAAAUGGAAUCUUCUAUGAUGCUGGGCUGGAAUACAUACGAAUUUUGCUUCUAGAAGAUCUUAUUUUAAUUCCUAAAAUGUUAAGCCACAAAAAAGAUGUUUGUUUGCUUUUUCCUUCUGGAGAUGUUAUUUUUCCUAUUAUCUUUACAUCCAAAUGAUCUCAGAACUUCUUGGCCAGCUCAAUAUUAAGAGGUCAUUCAGCUCACCCAAAUCUUAUAGGAGAACUUCAGAGUUACUCCAGUCCAAUAUUUUUUUCAGUACUCAUCCUGUGAUGCCAGUCCAUAGACAUGCUGGGUUUUAUUCCAGUUUAACUGUCUAUCUUCUAAAGGGUUUUUUUUUACCAGGUUCUGACUUGGGAUUUAAGAGUUUACAAUCAGGGGACAGCUAGGUGGAGCAGUGGAUAGAGCAUUGGCCCUGGAGUCAGGAGGACAUGAGUUCAAAUUUGGCCUCAGACACAACACUUAACCAGCUGUGUGACCCUGGGCAAGUCACUUAACCCCAAUUGCCUUACCAAAAAAAAAAAAGCGUUUACAAUCAGAUCUAUAGUUUGGGAGCUGGAAGAGGCCUUAGAGAUUUAAAUGACAAGCUAAAAGAUGUUUUUGAAAGUUUCUUCUCCGGCUGUUCACAUUUUCUUUCCAUGUGCUAGGGUUCCCAGGCUCUCUUUACGUAGGAUCAUAGGAUUUAGGGUUGGAAGAAGGGACCUGAGAGGCCAUCUAUUCUGUCCCACCCACUUCACAGAUGAACUGAGUAUUGGGAGUAGAUCAAUCACAUAAAUGGCCUAACACUCUGAAAAUCUUAUUUCAGUAACUAUGUCCUAUAGAAAAUCGAGAAUUCUUCAACUUAAAAACUGAGCUUCUGUUCUAUUCUAGUAUUAACAAGCACUGAUACCAGUCACAAUUCUUAGGAAAGUGGCUUCAUUUCCUAGAACUUCUUGUUCUAGAGUUGAUCCAUUGCUGGUCAAAUACCUAUCAGGUUCCUAAAAUAAUGGUCAUAAUAUGCAAUAUAGAAGGAUGAAUCAAAUUUAUAGUUUAUAAUUAUAAACAAAUGAAGUCAUGUAUAAUUUCACUGGGUGCAAACUAAAUAAUAGCUUUGGACUUGGUUGUAUCAUUAAUAAUAAUGAAAUAAAAGAUAUUAAUUGAGUACAUUGUCUUGGUUAAAUCCUACUGAAUAAUACCUCUCAAAACUAGUAUAAGGUGGAAGAGGAAAAAGAACUGAGCCAGAGAGAGUUUAGGGAAACUUAUCCAAUAGUGAAGUAAGAGUAAAAAUAGAGAAAUAAAGAAUAACCAAAUCUCCAGGGAGCUCAUAGCCUUAAGAUAGGCUAUUUGCACCCUGGAUUUUAUAGCUUUUUAUUUAUUCCUUUCAGUUGGUCUCUGCUAGCCAAUUACCUCCCUCACAAACCAUCUAUGUUAUAGUUUUUUUUCUCAGAACACAAGGUUGUCUGUAAGGAACGUGCAAAUGCUAACGGUAGCCACCCUGUGAUUAAGGGGCCUGCACUCCAUUUGUAUAAGCAGCCAGAAAUUUGGACCCCUAACAAUGAUUUUGAUUUCACUUUGAUGCCUGGGAGUCUGAGAGAUGGCCGAGUCUGGGAUGUGUUGAAGAACAUCUCUAGCACUUGCCUCAUGAUAGUUAAUAGUAGGUCUUCUGAUAUAUUUUGACUAGUUCAGUUUAUUACGCAUUUUCAAAGGCAAUAAUCAACACCAUUCUAAAAUAAGUGUUGUCUUUUCACAGUAAACAUACUGAAAGAAGAAGGUACCAAUUGUACUUUAGCCAAAUCCCAGACCAACCAAUAAAAUUCAAAAAAGCAUAAUAAAGUGCUGGCCAGGUAACAGCAGUUCUCUUUCUUUAAAACUAUUUGAUAUUUCCUGGCUUUUGGUGAUUCCUCGGGUGCUCUGGGCAGAGCUGAGGGGGAUGGGGAGCAAAGGCAGCAGCAGCAAGACCAAUGAAAAUGCAAGUUUUAUAUAGUCACAGCUCUCACUGACAUUUCAUGCCAAGUGUUUCUUUGCAUUUGAAAACUGGAGAGGGAAAGCCUUUUUUUUUUCUUUUUCCCUUCAGUAGUUUUGCAUUCUUCUAGUGUUUCUACAGCUUGGCUGUCUUCUCCCUUGCCUAAUGAUAGUGUUUGGAAUCCUUUGCAUACAGGGAUUUCCCCCCCCCCCCAAGAUUUGUUUAAUUUGGGGAUAUUCUUUCAUUUAUCCACUUUUAUCAAGUGGACACAGUGUUCUUGAUACAAAGGGCUACCACAUAAGGAAGGCCCUGGCUGCCUUUCUAAUUUUGUGACCAGCCCUUCCACUGCAUUUGAUAUAUUUUUAGCAUUUAUGCAGCUCUGCCUUACUUAAAUCCAAUUCAUGGUCAAGACGCUGUGGUAUUGGUCCUCUUCAAGAAUAAAGAAUGAUCAAGAACAACAUGCAUAGGGUUAUGAUUGGUGUCAUACUAUAUGGAUAUUGGAAACAAUUCUAUGCAAAUGAUGUAUAAUGCAAUGCUGAUAAUAAAUUGUAAGUGAUGUAAAAGCUACUGUCAGACUUUCUUUUUCAGAGAUUCUUAUCUUUUUUGUGACAUGGACCCCUAUGGCAUUGGGAAAUAUCUGUCUCAUAACACCACACUGUCUUCAUGUAGUACAUUACUACUGCUGAAUAAACCUAUGUGAGAGCCAAAA